ACAACAACGUUCAUCAUUCAUCAACACUAUCAACUGCAGGAGGGGAAACCACACAGUUGCUGCACCCCCACAUCCCUCCACCUCCAAAAAGAGGAAAUGGUGGUUUUAGCUGAUCUGAGUAAAACAUUCAAAGUGCUUGAUGUCACAUCACCAACAGGUACGAUGGGACAAACAUCUCUGCAAUGGCUGAUCUUUCUGACCUCACUGCUGAGCAGCACAACAAACCAAGUCUCUCUGACUGUGAGUCCCAGCAGCUCUCAGUUCUUCAGCUGGACAUCUGUCUCUCUGAGCUGUGAGGAGGACGACAGCUCUGCUGGAUGGACUCUGAGGAGGAACACAACCAUAAAAACCAGGACUCAGUGUGGAGAUGGCUGGGGAAACAAUGCUGGUUCUUCUUGUAACAUCAGCUACAUGGCCCCAUCGCACAGUGGAGUUUACUGGUGUGAGUCCAGAGAGGGAGCAACCAGUAACAGCAUCAGCAUCACUGUCACUGGUGGACCAGUGAUCCUGCAGAGUCCUGUCCUCCCUGUGACGGAGGGAGAAGACCUCACUCUGACCUGUAAAACAAAGACGUCCUCCAACCUCCCAGCUGGUUUCUAUAAAGAUGGCUCCUUCAUCAGGACUGAGCCUGCAGGUCACAUGACCAUCCACCAUGUUUCCAGGUCUGAUGAAGGCCUCUACAAGUGCAACAUCAGCAGUGUUGGAGAGUCUCCACCCAGCUGGGUCUCUGUCACGGGUGAGGAGGUUACCUUUGAUUUCAGGAGUUCAUUCAUCCAGAUAUUCACCUGACAGCUGAUUCUCUCUGCAGAGAAACCAAAGACCACAAGCCCUCCUACGACCCCAAGCCCUGCUACGACGAGUACUCUGCCACCCUCUUACACAACCUCAGACCCUCUCCCCCUAGUGGUCAUACUGUUUUGCCACCUGGUGGUGUUCUGUCCGUACUGCAUCUCCACUUUCAUCAUGGUGUCUUUAUAUCGACACAGGACCACAGGAAAUGGCCUACCUGUUGCCAUGGUGAUGACCUUGCCCACCC